GCUUGCCAGGCAGUCCUGUGCGGGGCAGCGGCGGCCUGCCCACCCUUGCAGUCCCCUUGCCCUCGCACCCACACCGGCCGUGUUAUUUGUGAGCUUCCCCCAGUGGGACGAGGCGCAGAGGGCCGUGACUCAGCUGCUCGGCUGGGUGGUGUCCAGCCGGUGUUUGGCAGAGAUAAGCCCCCCCCCGACAUCCUCCCUUUAUUCCGGGCUUUUUGUUUGCUUUUGUCCUAACACACAAACCAAAAACUCUUCCGAGGACUGCUGCGGUGGAGGCAAGUGUAAGAGGGCAGAGCGGUGAUGACAGAGGAGAGGUGUCCCAAAGUGGAGCAGUAUGUUGGUGAAAUUAAAGGUGGCCUGAGACCAGCCAUGAAACUCACGGUCAUAGGAAUGGUACACUCCAACCCCAAGAGCUUUUCAGUGACUCUGCUCUGUGAUCCAGUGGAUGCAAACAAAGAUGUUGGGCUGUUAUUUACAGUUAACUUUAGUGACAAAUCCAUCACCCGAAAUGCACGAAUUGCUGGGAAAUGGGGAAGAGAAGAGAAGACUAUUCCCUACUUCCCAUUUACAGCAGGCGACACAUUUAAGAUGGAGCUCUUAUGUGAACACCAGCAAAUACGAGUCUUGCUUGAUGGACGGCAGCUCUGUGACUUCACUCACCGCAUUCAGCCCCUGAACUUGGUGAAAGCUUUGCAGAUCUCAGGGGACAUCAAGCUUACCAAAGUGGCUUGAAAAAAAGGAGGCCACAAUGUCACCAGGGGACAGAAGCAAAUGUAGCGUUCUCGUGAAUUGAAAGGUUUCAACAGCUGUGGACUUCACAGUCUUCUCUGGACCAGUCCUAGGAAAUGGUAUCUGUAGCUGAAACCGCAUUGCCCAUUUUUGUAUCUAACUAAAACUGCAUCUUGCUGGCAAACUUCUUUACCAGCUCUGUUAAAUAUUUGAACGCAUGUGAGUGUUGUGCUGUUAUUUCAUUGCUGUAGAUUUACAAAAAAGUCCUAAAUACAUGGCUAUUCUAAUACAUAUAUAAACAUAUAUCAUAG